ACGGAAAUAUUAAAGAUAAUUUCUUCGGCAACCAUGUCUGCAGCUGGUGAACUAUGGAUUCAAUGUUUUCCUUGUUGUAUUUCUCAACCACACACAAAAAGGCCACGCUUACGUAUUGAUCGGUCAAUGAUUGGUGCACCUUCAAACUUUCAACAUUUAAGUCAUGUUGGAAGUCGUGAUGUGGAAGUGUCGAAUGAUCAAUUAAUUGCAUUACAAAAUCAAAUGCAAAGUAAAGGUGGCUACGACGCUCGCUAUAGGUCCAAUAUUCAAGCACGUUAAAAUCUAAACGGGUGUAUAUACAAUUAUUAUUUAAAUAAGUUUUUUAAACCUCUUUUAAUAAGCAAUACAAAAUGAAUAUGAAAAUUCGCAUACUACAAUAUUUUCCUCUUAUAUCAAUUUAAUGUUUUAUAUAUACGAUUUUUUUACGGCGAGUUAAUUUUAAUUAUGACGUCGUGCAAUAGGUUCUCUAUUUUUAAUUGGUCCUAAAUAUAUUGAAAAUAGGGGUCCCAAUUUUUUUUACUU